UGAAAAGAUAAUACAAAAACAUAAUUACACUCAGCCACGCAAUUAAAGUCAUCUUAAAAACAAAAAUAGAACUUGCUAACAAAUUGUGAUAACAAAAACACCCUAAUAUGCUGCCACACAUAAGUGCCGAAGAGAACAUUCCACCCGUGGGACGAAAAGUGUAUAUAAAUCCGAAUUUUCAUAGUCAAGUGACGAGUGCGCUGCAGCCUCAAGGCCGACAGAGUCAUGCGCUUGAAGCAUGGGAACGACCAGCCAUACAUAUAAAUCCGUAUUUUCUGCAGCGGCAGCGUGAAUAUCAGUUACAGCAAAUGCAACAGCUUCAACAAGAACAACUGCAUCAGCAACAAAUACAACAACAGCAUCAGCAGCAACAGAUGCUAAAACAACAACAACAGCAGCAACAGAUGCUACAACAACAACAACAACAACAACAGCAUGUUACGUAUUAUCAGCAGCAAACUGUUGCUGCUGCAUUGACGCCGCCUCCUCCCGCGAAAAUCAUAAGCAAAGCAAGCACCUGCCUGGUACGCAAGCAGCAAGCAGCCCCACCCAUUCAGCGAUGUGUACAACCUCCUCUAGUUAGCAUAACCAAGCGAAAGCUCGUUAGACAAAGUGCACUCAUAGUAAAACCAGCUGUGGCUACAACUGCCAAGCCCACAACUACAGUUGUAACUGCCGCCAAGCGAACCAAAUACAAGCUAGUGCGCGCCAUAUCCCUAACCGCACACAGCAGCACGCCCUUGGUGAAGAAACGUAGAACUAAAGAAUUUGUGGCUCGCUACGCAUUGAGACGCACUAAUGAUGCAAUCGCUGGCAAAAAAUUGAGCUUAAAGAAAUCAAGCAUUCUCAAACCCAGCGUAAACAAAUCGCUAAGCAUGGUGAGCAUACAUGGCGUCAUGUACAAGAAGACAGCCAAGAAUAAGCUGACCAAACUGGAUACUAAUGCCUCAGCGAAAAAGUCUGUGCCAGCUCAGCAGCAGAAGGCAAAUGGCUCGAUUGGUCGCACGUUGUUUGUGCGUGGCACCAAAUUCGUCCUGGAUCCCUCUGGCUGCCGAUUGACCCGUGUGCCUGCUCACAGCUCGCCAUUGAUCGUUAAUAAAAGCUUGCGUCGGCGCAUCGACAUUGGUGGCUUGACUUAUGUCUCCUCGCCGAAGGCACAAAAUGUUUUCAUACGCACCACAAAUCAUGUGUCCCGUGCCCAUUUGAUGACUGCCAAGCAGCGUAGUCUUCAGGUGCUGAAUCGCUCGCUUGUGAAGACAAAUGUGCCAUGUGCUAUCUACCAAAGACUGGGCAAGUGUGCGGCUCACAGUCGAGGCAAGUGUCGACGACUGCACGACAAGCGACAGGUUGCCAUCUGUCCAAGCUUUCUGCGAGGUGAGUGCACCAAGAAGGAGUGCCUGCUCUCACAUAACGUGACGCUGGAGAAGAUGCCUGUGUGUCGUUACUUCUUACGGGGCGUCUGUGUGCGCGAGGAUUGUCCAUAUCUGCAUAAGAAACUGAGCCGUAAGGCCGAGAUAUGCAUUGACUUUCUGCGUGGCUAUUGCGCGCGUGCCGCUGAUUGCAAUAUGCGACAUGAAUUUGUCUGUCCGGAAUAUGCGCGUCGCGGCAAGUGCGAGCUGACCAACUGCAUCUACUGCAAGCAAAUGAAACAGCAAACAAAAUUAUCUGCAGUGCGAUCUACACCUAAAUCCAAAACUAAACCUAAACCCAAAUCUAAAGUACAAUCCGUUCCAGCUAUUGCUGAGGCUGCCGUAGAGGAACUGCCCGGUAGCUCACGCUAUUUUGUUUGCGAAAAUGAUAAGUUUCAGGUAGAGGCAGACAGUCAGCAGAAGGAUGAUGAGCAGGAAGUUGAGGCUGAAUUGGAUGAAGAAGCCUCGCUCAGCAGCAGUGGAUUGCGUCAAAGGCCGAAACUGGGCCAACUGCCCGCAUUUAUACCCUUGGGUGGCAGCGAGCAGUGAACCAGAUGACGGCCUUGGACAACUGUUUCAGGUACAAAUUAAUUCUUUUAAGUAUAUAAUUAAGUAGUUGGCAUAAGUUUUAAUUUCCUUAGUUCAUAGGUUCAAAAACAAAUCCAAUAAAGUUCA